AUGCAAAUUUUCGUCAAGACCCUUACAGGAAAAACGAUAACUCUAGAAGUUGAGGCUUCAGACACUAUUGAAAAUGUCAAGGCCAAGAUUCAGGAUAAAGAAGGUAUUCCACCCGAUCAACAGAGAGUGAUCUUCGCUGGUAAACAAUUGGAAGACGGACGCACGCUGUCAGACUAUAAUAUUCAAAAGGAAUCGACUCUUCAUCUUGUUCUUCGUCUCAGAGGAGGAAUGCAAAUUUUUGUAAAAACCCUUACAGGAAAAACGAUAACUCUGGAAGUUGAGGCUUCAGACACUAUUGAAAAU